AUGAAGUGCCCAUCUUGUGGGAACCUCGAGCUACAAGAGCAUCACCGCUUCUGCUGCAGUUGUGGCUUUAAUCUCGCAGCUGAAGGGUCGUCAGGAACUUCAGCAGUGUCGAAAACCAGUUCUGAGCAGUUUACAGUAACUUCAGAUCAUCUGGAUAGAAUUGAGGUUUCGGAAAACAGACCAGAGCCUUCUCAGGAUCAGAGCUCCGAUGUUACCAAUCAACCUCCUUCGAUCACAGAAUCUGUCGAUGAGGCCAAAAGCAAGAAAGAUGAAUUGGAAAGAGACGAUUCUUCAAAUAGAGAAGAGGGAAACCAGAAUAAUAUUAACAGUCCACUUAAUAUGAGUGAGGUUCAAGCCUUACAAAAAGAAGGAAAAAUCCCUCUCAAUGACUCAAACAUCGAAACCCGUGAAAACGGAGGCCAUUCUUCUGGUAAACCAAAUUCCCCCAACACAGAAACAACUGUUGAGCGGGAACCUGCCAAAGCAGUGCCGGAACCAGAAACAGUUAACACGGUACCACUGGGAACUCAGACCGAAGAGGUACCAUUUCUUUCAGCGGGAGACAGAGAGCAUAUCACUGGUGAUCAAAACGACACAAAAACGAGCGAAUGUCCUGAAGAAAAUGUUUACUCAGGUCUGAUUGGAGGCUCUAAGCAUGACAUCAGUCAACAGGCAAUAACUCCACCCAUCACUGCUGAAGAAGAUAUAACCACUUGCCCGGGAAAACUGAAUGAGAGCGCUGCAAAUCCGAGCAUUGACGCAGAGGAAGAAGCCAAGAAGAAAACUCACAUUGCAAAUGAUACUAGGGAGCAUCAAGAAGAUGUCCAACAGGUACCACGUGAGGAUAGCAUUGUUGUGGAACAGAGAGGCAACACAACGGUCAUUCUACGGAUUACUGAGGGUGCUAGCAAUGAUUCAACAUUCGACAGCAAUAAAGACAAGAAAAUUGGUCAAGAUGCUGAGGGUAAAAUUGCUGAGAACUCAAAUCUCGAAAAUAAUGAAAAGAAACCAUCCACAAAUACUCAUGGAAAUAGCAAGGAUUCAGAUAAUGGCCAACAUUACGUCUUAAGGUCUGAAUCUGGUGCCGCAUCAGUUGACAACAUAAAAGGAGAAGCCGCUGCACCAGAAACUCUUCAAUCCAGUGAAAACGAUAGAGCUGGUCAGAGCACUUACCAUACAGCCAGUAGCCAACCAUUAACCAGUAACCAACCUCAGAGUACUUACAGUGACAGGAGGGUGACAAAUCCAGACACCGAAUUUCUGACGGUUAUUUUCCACGCGCUAUUAACACCAACGUUCCAAUUCAACCCUAAACAAGGGGACAGAAUUUUCAUCUGCGGGAGUUUUCCUUUUUCAUGGAAAGACCCUCAGUAUCAGGUUGAAGUUCACAUUGUCAGGGAUUUAUCCGAUGGCUACUUUGUUUUGGAGGGAAGAGCCAAUAUCACAUUGCAACAGGCGUCACAGAUUAUCUCCUACAAAUACACUGUAUUCCGCCCUCAAGGAAAGAACGUGCCACCAAAGCCAUUAUGGGAAUGUCUGCUAGGGUUUGCGCCUUACGGAAAGGAUCAUGUUAACCGUACCUUACUUAUUCGUGAAGAUUCUAUAAAAAGCAAUGCUGUUUGGCAUCAGUAUGAUGAUGCAGUAUUCAGUGAGCCUCGAAUAUGGGAUGCCAUCACCAACCAUCUACCCUUUGGGAGAAAGGUUUCUCUCGAUCCAGCGGAGGGUCGAAGAAAGGCUAUGCUGGUCAUGUUACCAGAAUGGGACAGAAUCGCAUUGGGUGAAAGAGGAAUUACUGCGUCAACUGCCUUGACUCAAAUUAACAAUGUGAUGUAUUGCAUGAGAGAACAAGGAGGGGAGACUGGAAAUCACCUUUUCUAUCGUGCCUUACACGGUUUUGACGAAAAGCAGGUGCUGUUUGAUUAUCUGUUUCCACGGCUGAAAUACAAUACUCACGUGCAGCAAACCCAAGCCAGAGAUGAUGAGGUUCAAGUCAAACGACUGGUUACAUCCAUCAUGAUCGCUUCACUCGCUGUUGGACAUCACUUAAUGUUCAUAGAGGAUAAUGUGUUAAGGGACAUUUUAGAAAAUCUUGCAUUGCAUGGAAACAAAAAUUUGAAGAAAUGCAUUGAGUUCGAAGAACUUUUGCUGCAUUUUCCUGACAAAGUGCAAAGGACACUGGUGGAUAACUUGAAACGACUGUGUAAAUACGUAAUUGAGCAAAAGAAGGGAAUAUUUCACUGGUUGUUCGCUGUCCCCUUGCUUCAUUUCUUAUCGAAAUCAGUGGUGCCAUUCUCGGGCGGUCAGCGACCAGCAGCACCAAGCUCACUAAAUGACAACAAUUGGUGGGGAGCAGAUGACCUCUUCGACUUUUUUCGAGUACGACGGCAAGUGCUCAAUGCAAGGGACAGGGCCAACACUCCAGCACUUCUUCAAAACCAACUUUCUCCCAUGUUUGAGUUCGACCCAUUAUUCAAAAGGACAUUUUUGUUGGCACUCUCAAUCUUUGACAUGAGCAAGGUUUUAAAGAGGGGAAACUUCUCUUUGUUUGAAGUUUGUUGGACACUUCUUCGGGUCGUAAAGGAGAGAGAUAGGCCUCUAUUUCUCUCGGAGGAGGAGUGGGAUUCUCUUGAAGAAUGCAUCAAGGACAUGAACGCAGUUCAUGAGAAGUUUGAGAGGUAA